AACACUUUCAUUUAAAGUUAAAAUUUUACAUUGAACAAUUUUUUCGUCUGCAGGAAAAACUUUUACCAGUAAAUAGCAGCCAAAAUUAUACUGAAUCUCUGACUGAAGAAUGUCUAAGAAAAGACAUCUACCUGAUUGGAUGGUCUUAUGCAAGAGUAGGAAAAUGGAGGAAAUGCAAGAAGAAGUGAAUCAGAAAAAUGAUGAAAAAGUGCAGAAAAGGAAGGAAGAUAUUAUAAAACAGAAAAACGCAAAGUUUGAUAAAGCAUUACAAUCUGCAAAACAAAAAUUCAAAGAGGAAAAGAAAGAAGCAGCUUCACAAGUAUUUGAACAGAUUAUGAAUGAACAGACAAAAGAAAUAAAAUUUGAAGGAAAACUAAUAUAUUCUUCCCAUACAAAUGAUUGUAACAUGUUGUGUGAAGACAUUGAAAUGGCCCUGUGUGAUUCGACGGAGGCUUUUGUUGGAUUUGAUAUGGAAUGGCCAGUGUCCUAUAAAGUAGGAAAAGAAGAUAAAACAGCUCUGAUACAGAUAUGUACAGCCCCAGAUACUUGUUAUUUGUUUCAUAUAUCAUGCAUGGGUAGCAUACCUUCAAAUCUAAAAAGUUUGCUAUUAAAUAAACAUAUUAAAAAAGUGGGCGUGAACAUUGAAUCGGAUAUUUGGAAACUUGAACGAGAUUAUGACAUACAUGUUAUAGAUAUCAUAAAAAAUAGCAUGGAUGACAUUGGAGUGUUAGCUAAUAAAAUAUUAGGCUGUAAUGAACAUUGGAGCUUAGAGGGUUUGGUCAAACAUCUUUUUAAUCACAAAAUAAACAAGGAUCCUAUUUUGAGAAAAGGUGAUUGGUCAAAAUACCCUUUGUCAGAGGAACAAAAACUGUAUGCAGCAACUGAUGCUUAUGUUUCUUAUAAAGUAUAUGAAAAGUUGGUGAACAAGCAAUCAAGUGAUUUGGAAAACAUUAUUAUUGGUCUAAGAAGAGCCAUCAUCUAUUUAUGUAACCAGAAAAAUAGAGUUAUUGUAGGAGCAGCUAGUAAUGAAAAAGAAGAAGACAAGUUGAAGGGUGUGGUGAUAGUAAUGGACCAAGACGGGAAUCAUGAGAAGGUGUACGGUGAGGACCAGACAAAAGAUAUUUCGUUUACCUUACCGUGGAAAGUAACUGCAACUAACAAUGCUAAUAUUUUUGUGAUUGAUAACAGUGGUCAUGAAGUUGAAGGGAGAGUUGUAGUACUGGGACAGGAAGACAUAAUUAAUACAGCCAUCAACUCUGAAGAUAAACAUUUUGCACCAAGUUAUUUUACAACAACUCCUGCUGACAAUGUUGUAGUUUUUGACUCUGAAAACUGUUUUCUUCAUGUUUUAAAUUCCUCAGGAAACCUGAUUACAUAUAUCAGCACUAAAGACAAAGAAAUAAAAGCCAAACUUUAUAAAUUGAACUUGGUUGAUUGUAAAUACCGAAAAACUUACUACUAA